AUGGGUCAAAAGGAGGGGAACAGCUGGUGGGCGGUGCAGGGCGGAGGUACUUGCGAGAUAAGGGAGCGUGAUAAGCGCGCCGCGGUGGCGGGUGAGCUGGCUUGCCUCGCAGGCUACAUGGCGGGGUACCUGAGGGCGACAGGCUCGUCCUGCACCCCGUCCGGAAGUCCUCAGUACCACACCCACACGCAUCCGAUGGGUGUCAGCAGCCAUCCUCAUCCUCAUUCUCACCCGCAUCCGGGCGCGCCGCAUCACGCUCUGCCGACGACGUUCACCCUCGCUGCACACGGCCAUGCGCAGCCCAUUCCGCUGGAUCAUACCUUGCCCGGGUAUCCGCAAGGAAUGAAUCAACGCAAGCAGCGUCGCGAGCGGACUACCUUCACCAGGUCUCAGCUGGAUGUGCUCGAGGGACUGUUCUUGAAAACGAGGUAUCCGGACAUCUUUAUGCGAGAGGAGGUUGCUCUCAAGAUCAACUUGCCGGAAUCACGAGUCCAGGUCUGGUUCAAGAAUCGCCGGGCGAAAUGCAGACAGCAGAUGCAACAGCAACAGACGCCACCCCCGACGAAGAGCUCGCCCAGAUCGAGCCAGAGUCACAGCAGCGGCAGCAACGCGAGCAACAGGGUGCCGAGCAGCACGUCGACGACGACGUCCAGCAGACGAUCCCCGCCGGACUCGCCGGCGCAGGGAAGAGAGGCGCCGGCGGCCGGCAGUUCGCCGCUUCUCACGACGUCGACGACGUAUCCGCGAAUGGGGACGACGCCGACCGGCGGCAGCGCGGGCAACAGCAACCUGACGACACCGUCGCCGCCGUUGACGCCCGGCACCGGCCAACCGCAACCGCCGUCCUACUCCACCCAGGUCAAUCAGAUCCACCACGGCGAGUACCAUCCGACCGGGUUCGCCUGGACACCGGCCUCCGCCAGCACCACCGCCGUAAACCCGAGCCAAUACGCCGGUCAGAACUAUAACGCCUAUCAGGCGCCGUACAGCGGCGAUUACUACCAGGCCCAGAUCUCGCACAUGCAUCACAGUCCGCAGACCAACUACCAUCAUCACCACCCGCAGUACCAUCCGAACAUGCCGCUUACCUCGUCCAUGUCUCACCUGACCAGCCACCACGUGAACCCGGCCGGUGGUAACGAGAUCGUCGCCUCGUCGGCCGACGCCGACGGUUACGUCCUGCCCGAUCAGAGAUACUCGACGAUGGCAUAG